CUGCCUCCCAUCUUCCGCUGCUUCUCUCUACUCCUCUGCAUGCUGUUUACCAAGCAAACCAUCAUAUAUCUGUCAGGGUGAAGCCUACCAGCCUGCCAUCCUCACCCUGCUUCCUCUCACUUGUCCGCUGAGGUGGUGACCUCCGAAAACUGCUGCAGUCAAGGCAGAAGUUCCCAUCAGCCCACAUCCUACAGAAAUGGCAGAAAAACUUAAGAACAGCAAGAUCAUCUUUGUGGUCGGAGGACCAGGCUCCGGCAAGGGCACCCAGUGUGAGAAGAUUGUAGAGAAAUAUGGUUACACCCACCUGUCUACUGGGGACCUGCUGAGGGCAGAGGUGUCCUCUGGAUCUGCGCGAGGGAAGACUCUCUCUGCCAUCAUGGAGAAAGGAGAGCUAGUGCCUUUGGACACCGUUCUGGACAUGUUAAGAGACGCCAUGGUCGCCAAAGCUGACACCUCCAAAGGAUUUCUCAUUGACGGCUACCCUCGUGAGGUCAAACAGGGAGAGGAGUUUGAGAAGAAGAUUGCUGCACCUUCACUGCUUCUGUACAUCGAUGCCGGUUCAGAGACAAUGGUGAAGCGGUUAUUGAAGCGCGGAGAGACCAGUGGCCGGGUAGAUGACAACGAAGAGACCAUCAAGAAGAGGCUGGACACAUAUUACAAGGCCACAGAGCCAGUCAUUGCUCUGUAUGAAGGAAGAGGCAUUGUACGAAAGAUCCACGCAGAGGGAACAGUAGAUGAUGUCUUUGAACAAGUCAGCACAGCCCUUGACGCCUUGAAAUAAACAGAAAAAGCGAACAAAAAAAAAAAAUGCCUUAUUUUUCUGUGUAAACAACAUGCUCCAGCCUUAUCCUUCAACCCACCCCCCUUCCCCAAAAAUAAUACAGCACAUACUUAAAAACCAUGAAUAACAAACUCGGCCCGAGUGUCAUUCUGUCUGCCUGCAAUCACACCAUCCCGUCUAGAGACUUAAAGGAAUCUGCUCUUCUUCCCGUAGGAAGGUGCGUUCUUCAACCCUGAUCCCUUCUGUCUCUCCUCAGAAUGUUGAUAUCCUCACUCUCUUCCUGUUUUCCUGAACAGUAAACCACUCUAAGGAAACA